AUGCAGCACGUUUAUAGUAUGAAUUGCAUCUCUGAGCCUUGCAGCUUCAAACACUUUACAAUUGAAAUGUUUAAGCCAGAUGUCAUUCCUCUUCUCCCAAACUCUUCAAACGCGUUUCCCAUGACCUCUGCCCGCGAUGCGUGCACACCAAGUCAGCUCAGUCGUGUCCGACUCUGCAACCCCGUGGACUGUAGCCCACCAGGCUCCUCUGUCCCUGGGAUGCUCCAUGCAAGAAUACUGCAGUGGGUUGCCAUUUCCUCCUGCAGGGGAUCUUCCCAACCCAGGGAUCAAACCCGGAUCUCUCGUCUCCUGUAUUGGCAGGCGGGUUUACCACUAGCGCUACCUGGGAAGCCCCCUACUGGGAAUAACCUCAUUCUUACAUUCCAUCUUCUGAUAGCACAUUUUAAAGGUAACUCUGACAUUUACAUUUGGCUCUAUGAUUAUUUGUACACAACUGUAGAAAAACAUGCCUUCUACACAGGAGCACAGGUUAUGAAUGGCUGUGGAAUGAGGUCUCGUUAA